UCUCACGACUUACGCGGCCUCGAUCCCAGCUCACUCUUGAAGUUUUUCCGGGAAAGCGAGUUGUUUUAGAAUCGAGUCUACACUUUAACCCUGGUUUGCAGUCUUCGUUCUACAUUUUAUCCUCAGUUCGUAUUUUGCACUCGGUCUGCAACGACAUCCCCCCCUUAUUUUGCCGUGAGAAGCCUGCGUAAAAGAAGAGCCAUCUCCAGGCCUUUUGUCAAAAGCAACGAAGCAGAAACCCACUGUAAGCAAGUUCACGAUGACCAACUCCUCAUUAAGGAGAACGUAGAACACACCUCAUGUUAGAAUUUCAUCACCAACAAGAAGAUUGGGAUUGGCAGAUAUUCAAUGGCUUGUGCAGCUCCAACAGUUUCAUCCACAAAGGAGACAACGAACUACGCUCGCUUGUGUCGUCUGCUGGUUGAUGUUGGUACCCAGGCUCUUAGAGACACAUUUGAUGCCAUCCAUCCGCCAGCCAAUCUCAUCACAAUUUUGACGGCCAAAAAAAUCACCUUACAGGCUCUAAGAAAAAGAAAGGUAAUAAACGCGACACAAUGGGGAAAGCUCUUUCCAGCCAUUCCUACUUCAGUUUCAUCGGCCCAUUUCGACAUCACACUUUUAAUGGUUCUGCUGCGAAACGUAUGCAGCCUACAUUCUCCUGCAACAGGUUGGGAUACGCUACCUGCUGUUACUGACUUAAGCCGUGAAGCUGAUAUCGUCCGCGUUAAAUAUUACAGAAACACUGUGUACGGUCAUGCUGAGUGCGCUUCAGUUGAAGAUGCGACAUUCAGCACAUGCUGGAGCGACAUCCGAGACACUCUGGUAAGAGUUGGAGGUGUAAAGUACAAAUCAGCCAUUGAUAAUCUUGAAACUGAGUGCAUGGACCCUGAAUCUGAAGAUCAUUACAAAGAACUUCUCAGCCAGUGGAAGAAAGAUGAAUAUAACGUCAAGGACCAGCUGUGUGAACUUGGUACCGGAAUUAAAAAUGUCAUAAAAAGGCUGGAUGAUUUGAAAUCUUCAAAUAAGGAACCUAAAAUGGAAAGCGAGUCCAUCGCGUCGAAAGAACUGUUGGAGAACUCAUUGAUGUGUACAGAGAAAGGCCACGAGACUGAACCUCUGGAUCACUAUUGCAAGAACUGUAAAGUUUCCAUUUGCGAUAGGUGUGGUAAAACUCGUCAUACUCAGCACACCAAAGUGAAUAUCCAACAGGCUACCGAGGAAGAGAAACUGAAAAUGGAAGAGACUGUAAAACAAAUGAAAAUGCAAAUUUCUGAGCUUGAGACACAAAUUACAAAAACAACAAAAGCACUUGCAAUAAGCAAAGAAAAAAUCUCUGCGGCUCGGAAUAGUGUGCGAACAAUCGUUGAAGAACUCAUUCAUGUUUUAAGAGAGCACGAGAGGUCCAUGGUGACCGAGUUGGAUGUUAUGGAAGAAGCACAACAAAGAGAAUAUUCUAGACGAGUAGAAAGCCUCGAAACAUCUGUAGACGAAUUAAAAAUCUCUGUGAGAAAUUGCGUGGAAAUGUUACGAGGAGACACCACCAUCGAGACCCUAAAAUCGCAACAGGCGAAAAUUGAAAGGUUUAAAGGUGUUCUAAGAGCAACAAAAAUGGACGUUUUUAAGCCUUGUCACGUUUUCUACCUUAAAGAUACGAAUUACGUUCAGAAUUUUACAAGUACAGAUCCAGGUAAAGUACUCGUUAGUAAAACUGAUCCACUAAGAUCAUAUGUGAAAGGUUAUGACUCAGUAAUAGCUGAGGCUGGAUGUACAAAGAUCUUUGAUAUCAAAACAAUUGAUUCAAAUGGGAAACAGUGUUACCAUAAAAUUGAUGAGAUCAAAGUAACAGUUCGGAGUCCAGUGGAAGGGGACCUCGCCACCAUGAUUGACAACUGGAUGUCACGUGGGACAUAUAGGGUCAGAUACACACCCAAUCGUGUUGGAGAACACGAGGUGACAGUUUUUGUUAACGAUCAACCUCUUCCUUGUAGUCCAUGGAGGGUACAUGUGGCUCCACACCGGUAUAGAUUCUCAUGUGAUUUCCAGCCACUUAGAAAGGCAAAACUCAGAGAACCCUGCGCCAUUGCAAUAGACAAUAAGACAGGGAAUUUGGCAGUAGCAGAUCGAAAGAAACAAAUAGUGCAACUGUUCAGCACAUGGGGUUUUCAUAUAACUGAAUUUGGUCAAAAUGGACCAAAACUAACAGAUCCCACCUCAGUUGCAUUCAACCGUUGUGGUGACGUGCUGGUUACUGCCUCUGGUUCUAUCUAUUGUUUUACUGUCCGUGGUCAAUCUGCAGAGUGUAUUAACAACAAAGAAAUCAAGUUCCCAUUCUCGUUGACUGUUGCUUGUGAUGGCCGCGUGAUAGUGUGCGACUUAGGUGACAAUUCCGUCAAGGUCCUCUCUCCUGACGGUACAGAAUUGUUACAGUCCUUUAGAAUACCAGACUGCGAUGAAUCCCCGUGGGAAGCUGUUAGUCACCAAGACAAGUUCUUCGUGUCAUACCCCACAGCUGGUUGUGUUAAAACUUUCAACAAGGAUGGGGACUUUCUCUAUGAUAUUGGCAAUGAGAUAGCAGGUGAAGGACAAUUGAGUAAGCCCCGCGGACUUGGUGUUGAUACCUAUAACAACCUGGUGGUUUGUGACGAGGAAAACAAAGCGUUAAAGGUGUUCAAACUGAAUGGAACAUUUCUAAACAUGGCUAGCAACAAAAAUCUGGACUGUCCUUGGUGUAUAGCAGUUAGCUCGUGUACUCGAUGGCCAUUGCUUUAUAUUACUGAUCCCAAAAAAAAAAGCAUCGUAACCUUUGAGUAACUGCAAACCGCUUUAUAGGUCAAGGAUUAGUCUUUGUUGGCUUUAAUUGAGAAUCUCUUCCGUUAGUUUUUCUGACACAAAACUGAUAUUCAAAACCUUUUGUCUCUUCUGAUAUCAUCAGAAGCCUUUUUCAGCUUUUUUUUCCAAAUAAAAGACGAAAA